AUGUGUGAGCGGGCUACAAGAAGAGCGGUUUAUGCGCGUAUUCUCAUUGAGAUGUCGGCUAAUGCUCCUUGGGCUAAAGAAAUAAAAAUCAAAGCGUUCAUGGCUAAAGGUGCAACCUCUACUUCCCUCGGAGCGCCCACACUCAUCCCGAGAGAAGUUGACAAAGAAGGAUUUCUAACGUUUAAAAGGAGAAUUAGAGCUAGUCAUAUCCCUAAACAGAAGGUCCAAGUUGACAACCGUAAAGGAAAAGGCCCCGCUCUAAAGAUUGCUCAAGUCUACAAGCCAAUCAUUCGUGACCCAAAGGAAAAGAAUGCGUCGUCCAACAUGUUUGAUGCUCUUUCACAUCAAAGAGUUGACGAUACUGAAGAAGAUUCUAGUAUCCCUCCUGUCAUCCUUUCAAAAGAUACCCUCCCAGCUUCUGAUUCUCAUCCAAGAUCCUCUCACGGUAGCCAUAUCUCUACUCCAGUUGAUCAGGGUUGA